GAAGUUUGGUGAGCUCGUGUCAAUACUGUAUCUACCAUGCGUCGGUAAUGGAUCGGAAAAAGGAAAAGAGAGAGGGGAAAAAACAGAUGGGAAAUAGAGACUGCGUGAAAUAUUAUGACGCAAACGAAAGUCAGUGAACACUUUUACUUUCUCCAGCAAGCUGCCUUCCAGCCACAGCCAGUGCCUCUCUCCACCCGUUCCACCGUGCCCAAUGUGCCGCCGUCAAGAUGUGGCUAAAGUGAUAUUCUAGUCUUGCUGCAAAUAUUUAUUCUUGAAUGCGAGAGGAAACUUUAACCGUAUUACGACCCACAACGACUGUUUUUCAAUGACUUGGAAAUAUCAAUGAAAGGUAAAGGAAUGUGGUGAGGAAGUGACGAAUGAAAAGGUUACCUCCACUAACGCCUUGUAUCCACCGCGCCUGGAAGGAAUUGGGUGGAGGUUGUGCGGAAGUGAAGACAAUUUGGCGUGGGAAUUAGUCAGAGAAUUUUUUUUGUACACCAUUUUACCAGCGAGUCCUGGACGGUGAGGUUUUCUGUUGUGUUUUCCCUCCGUUCUCAAUGGUCAGUGUGAAGAUGCAGCUAAGGCGUUCAUUCAUAUUGCAGUGAAGUAAUGUCUGCAUCAUUAUAUACAAAUAAUGUGCCAUCCCUCAACCAGUGAAGACAAUGACGAGGUGUGUAGUGCAAGAAGUGGCUGAGGUGCAUUGUGUCAAUAACUAUAGAUGGUAAGACGCAAACCAGGUGCGCUCACGCUGGUGUGUGGAUGAACAGAUGCACCGUCGAUCAAGAGUUAUAGCCAGACAUUUGCUGUUGAGUCCAUGAAAUAAUGACACAAAAGUACAAAGAGAAAUAAUGACGGUGUGAAAGGAUUCGUAACGUUAACGCGGCAAGUUCUGUGCAAGGCAGAUACAACAAGAAGCAAAGGACGCACAGAAGAAACUUGUUGAUGCCGCAUGCCUUGAGGUAACAGCAAGACUUCCAAGUAGGCCUUCUGUCGCAUGUGCGCUCGCUCAAAUCAGCAAAGAUGGGCUUCGGAAUGUCCAAGAGCCGCAAGGGGGGGUGCACAACAAAGUAUGGGACCAGUUGGGAAAGUGAAGGUUUAGAGCCUUGAAAGAAAACACGAGUCAGUUUUAUCCAGAGGGACUUUAAGUCCUUUGGGCUCUCUGUCAGUGAUUGGGCUGCCAGCCAUCACUAUACGUAGUACUAUAAAGUAGUACAUCGAUAGUAGCGUGGGCGAGGUGUGGCCGUGGUAACACAGUCUUCUUCACACGUUAUGGACACUGACUCUGAGUUAUUAGUUGGCAACACCGAGCAGGAAAACAUUGAAUUGGCUGCUGCACCUACACCCCGCGGGAAGGUGGAGACUAAAGAAGAGGCGGGUGCACUGCUAAAAAUAACUGCAUUUAAGGACCUGCCACAAGAAGGUAGAGAAGCAUUUUUCAGAUUUCUGUGUGGAGACAAUUAUCCAGAAAAUAAAGACAUUUGUGAUAUAAAUCCCAAUGCAGAUGAAAUGAACGAGUUUUCAAGAAAGUAUCAGUUUUGGCUUCAGUGUGAACAAGUGGAACAUUAUUCAAGGCUCUUUCAAAAUUGUAUAUGUAGUGAUGAUGAUAGAUUCUCAGAGGUGAAUGAAUGCUUUGAUCCAAAUAGAGAUGGGAAUUUAAAAGAUUUCUUAGACAAAAAGCAGGCAGAUACAGAAAGCACCAAGAAAUUUGCUUCUACGUUGAAGGAGAAGAUAGAGCCCAAAUUAAACAAACAGUAUGAAGAGUUCCAAAAAUAUCUGCAGAAAUUUGGGGAUAAAGUGUAGCUUUAAGCAGAGUCACACACUAACUUUCCCCUAAGGUCACAUUCCUGUUGGUGCUAUUUACAGUACUUAAGUUCUUACAGUGUAAAAUUUGUACUGGUGGAUCAUUUCAUUGUUUUAUGUUGAUGUGAUUUUAUGUAACAGUGGACAAAAUGGAAGAUAUAUACAUGUAUGUGUUGUUAUAUGAUGUAAAAAAAAUACACUUCCAAUAAGCAUAGGCAUCUACAAAAGCAGUGGAGACAAUUGCUUCCUCCCCCCUGCCAUCCUACCACUGAACACCUAUGCCUACCCACAUACCCUGGUGGGAGUUUGUGCUGUAUGUUGAUGACGGAAAAGCGUGUUUGUUGUAGCAUUUGUAAGGUUUGCAGCUAAUAUUUGAGGUUUUAAUGUAAGUUGUAUGACCUGAAGGACAGUAUACUUCCAUCUAUCUAUAUACCAGGCUGUCAGUGCCACACAGCUCACUCAUACACACAGUACUCACACUCCUAACACUGUCAGAGUCUGCACGAUACAUCUGUGAGAGUGUGGUGCUGGUGUGUGUAGUCCGAGUCACCCCAUGUGGGAUUGUCAGCCUGGUUUAUUGAUAGGCAGAAGUAUAUCAACAUUCAUGCCAUACUAGUACUUGAAGUGAAUAGAAUAGAAUAUAGGGAAUUCUCAGUUUACGGCAGCCUCAGAUCACUGUUAGUGCUUAUUUCUGUACAUUCCCAUUUGUUGACUUUUCUUACUGGUUUAUUUCAUUGUUUUUAUUUACUGUAUGUCCUCCAUGUGAUUAUUUUUACAGGUACAGUAAUUAAGUUUUUAUGUCCUAGAUUAUGACUACUGCACUAUGACAUAACAUAAGCAUAGGAGUGUGACAUACAGUAGGUGCUUACUUAGGUUGGUUCCAGUCUACAUUGAAAACCAGUUUACAGUGUGGCAUAGGAACAGAACUCCAUUGUAAUUUGUGAAGCUCCUGUUCUUGGAAGAGAUUGUGAGAAGUUAAUUUGAGAGGAGACAUCAGCUUGGCAGUCUCUGUUGUUUGGUAGCUAGUAAUGUAUCAUCCUUGGUAAGAAUGUGCACAUCCUGUGUAUGUACAAUUUAGGUGAAGACAGGCAAAGUGACAUAUAUGUGCCUUAUUUUUCUUUAUUAGUAUUUACUUGAGAGGUGUGACCUGGGAAAGAUGAACUGUGAAGCCUUCAAUGUCACUGUUAUGCCUGUGACCAUGUGUCUUCAUCUUCCAGUUUUAACUAAGGAGAAUUUUGAAUAUUUCCAAGAAUACAUUCCACCUGUUCCACGUGUGCUUACUUGCCUAAGAAGUUGUUUGGUAGAAAUGAAUGUGCAAGCAUGAUUUAUAAGUGUAAUGAAUUUUAUGGUAUUUGCCAAUCAGAAAAAAAAUAUAUUAAUGUGAUGUAUCAUGAAGCCUUGAAGCAGCAAUCCAUAGUGGCUGAGUGAGAAAUUUUGUGGCACAUUGGGACCCUUGUUACAGGCAUGAUGUUUGUGUGGGACAGAGGAACCUUUGUGCUUUCUUUGUAGCUUGCUGUCACUGAGUGGUUGAGUAUAUAUAUAUAUUUUUUUUUCUCUAAAUUUUUUUUAACACAAGAUACAAUGAGAACUGUGUUUAUCCAGCCCAGUGACUUAUAGAGCAUAAUUUGUUUUGUAAUGAUACCAUUUAUACAUUUGACCUUCAUUGAAAAGUAUUUUCAUCUGAUUAUGUACUAACCCUGCUAACUAAGGAUAUGACUGAGAUAGGUUUACCUCUGCCUUAAUGUAGCUAACCAUGAAGUUUUCAUCAAUAAGAUUAGUUAUUCUUAUCAUUAUUAUCAGUAAACUUGCUAAUGGUGCUGGAGUGAAUAAUACAAGUAUGUGUAUGAGAGUGAGAGUGUGGUGGUUUGUGUGGGCCAUCCUGUGUGGAAUUGCUGGCUUGGUACGUAAUAGAUAGAGAAGCAUCUCUCUUUAUUUUGUUGUGCAUACACAUUUUGUUGCAGAUCUUGUUAUCAGUCUCUUUUUGUGGCAAUCUACUGUCUAAGUUAGUAUCUUGUGACUUCUUUGUUAUUCAAAUAUAGAUGGUUGUUAUAUUUUUUUCUGAAAUUAAGUCAAACAGUUUAUUCCAUUAUUUUUUUAUAUAAUGUUUAUACUUUUAAGGAUUACUACUGAUCAUUUGUGAAAAUUAUAUUAUUUCCCCUUUAUUCCUUAUUUAAAGAAUGUUUACCUCAAUACUUAGCAACCCUUUUGACAAACAGUGAAGCCCUUUAGUGUAUGGAACACAGAACAGAUGCAUGUGCCAGUGCUCAGUGCUGUCUGGUGUGAAUGUAGUUCGUUUGUUGGCUUUAGUUCCAGUAUCAAUGACGAGUGGUGUACCAUAGAAGUUACUAAGUACUUUGGUACUUUUGGCACCUUUCUCUUCAAGAUUGAUUAUGUAUUUUUUUUUUUUUUUUUUUUUUUUUUUUUGGAGCAACUUACUGCAUCACUGUAGUGGACAGUCAUGGAGUCUGGACAAAGCCUUGGACCAGUUCCUUGUUAAUGAUUGAGUGGCACACUGGACAAAUCACAUUAAGUCAAAGUAACAAAAUAAACAGUGAAUAAAAAAAAUUAUAGUAUGUAUUUCCAAAUUAUUUUGAUUAUUUAUGAAGUGUUUUUGAGGAACAUGUCACAGUAUACAGUACAUUACUGAUUAAACUAUGAUUGUUUCAGCAA